AUGGCACGGGAUGAUGAGAAGGCCACGCCGGUGCGUGUGGCGCUGCGCUGCCGGCCCCUGGUGCACAAGGAGAUCAGCGAGGGCUGCCAGACCUGCCUGUCCUUUGUGCCUGGGGAGCCACAGGUGGUGGUUGGUAACGAUAAGUCCUUCACCUAUGACUACGUGUUUGACCCUUCUGUUGAGCAAGAGGAAGUUUUCAACACGGCUGUGUCCCCUCUGGUUCGAGGCAUCUUCAAAGGAUAUAAUGCCACUGUCUUGGCCUAUGGACAGACAGGAUCUGGGAAAACCUACUCCAUGGGAGGCACCUACACUGCCAACCAGGAGCACGAGCCCAGUGUGGGGGUUAUCCCCAGGGUCAUCAAGCUGCUGUUUGAGGAGAAGCAGCAAAGGCAGGACUGGGAAUUUGUCCUCAAAGUUUCUUAUCUCGAGAUCUACAACGAGGACAUCCUGGACCUGUUGUGCCCCUCAAGAGAAAGGUCCUCCCAGAUCAGCAUAAGGGAAGACCCCAAAGAAGGCAUCAAGAUUGUAGGGUUGACGGAAAGAAAUGUCACCUGUGCCCAAGACACUGUGUCCUGCCUAGAGCAAGGGAACAACUCCAGGACAGUGGGUUCCACAGCCAUGAACUCCCAGUCCUCACGUUCCCAUGCCAUCUUCACCAUCUGCAUUGACCAGAAGAAGAAGAAUGACAAGAACUGCAGUUUUCACUCCAAGCUACACCUGGUGGAUCUUGCAGGCUCUGAGCGACAAAAGAAGACCAAGGCUGAGGGAGACAGACUAAAAGAAGGCAUCAACAUAAACAGAGGCCUCCUCUGCCUGGGGAAUGUCAUCAGUGCUCUAGGAGAUGAGAACAAGAAGGGAGGCUUUGUCCCCUACAGAGACUCCAAGCUGACAAGGCUGCUGCAAGACUCCCUGGGGGGAAACAGCCACACUCUGAUGAUUGCCUGCGUGAGCCCAGCAGACUCCAACCUGGAGGAGACUCUGAACACUCUGAGAUAUGCUGACAGGGCCAGGAAGAUCAAAAACAAGCCCAUUGUCAAUGUGGAUCCUCAGGCAGCUGAGCUGCACCAGCUGAAGCAGCAGGUCCAACAGCUCCAGGUGUUGCUGCUGCAGGCCCAUGGAGGGACCCUCCCCGUGUCUAUCAAUAGUUUGGCACCCUCAGAGAACCUCCAGUCCCUGAUGGAGAAGAACCAGUCCCUGAUGGAGGAGAACCAGAAGCUGAGCCAAGGACUGAGUGAGGCUGCUGGGCAGACAGCACAGAUGUUGGAGAGGAUCAUUCUGACAGAGCAAGAAAAUGAGAAGAUGAGUGCCAAACUCGAGCAGCUCCAGCACCAUGCUGUGUGCAAGUUGGACCUGCAGAAGCUGGUGGAGACUGUGGAGGAUGAGGACCUGAAGGAGAAUGUGGAGGUGAUUCGCAAUCUGCAGCAGCUGUUGGCUGAGCUGCAGAGUGAAACUGCUGCAACAAUGGAAGCUGCUGCCGAGGUGGCAAACUCUGACCAGGAUUCCCCAGGUGAAGCAGAAGUGGGUCAGGAUGCCAAGAGAUCCUCCAAUGACUUCAGCACUCAACAUGCUCUGCGCCAGGCACAGCUGUCCAAGGAGCUGCUGGAGCUGAACAAAGCUCUGAGUCUGAAGGAGGCUCUGGCCAAAAAAAUGACUCAGAAUGACACUCAGCUGGAGCCCAUUCAGUCCCAGUACCAGACUAACAUCAAGGAUCUGGAGUUGGAGGUCAGCAACUUGCAGAAAGAAAAGGAAGAGUUGUUCCUUGCUCUGCAUAUGGCAAAGAAGGAUAUCAACCAGGCCAAACUGAGCGAGAGGCGUCGGAAGAGGCUCCAGGAGUUGGAGGCAAAAAUGAAUGAGCUGAAGAAGAAGCUGCAUGAGCAAUCCAAACUCCUCAAGCUGAAGGAAUGCACAGAGCGAACCGUGUCCAAGCUGAACCAAGAGAUCAGGGAGAUGAAGCAGCAGCGGGUGCAGCUGAUGCGCCAGAUGAAAGAAGACGCUGAAAAGUUCAGGCAGUUGAAGCAGCAGAAGGACAAGGAAGUGCUCCAGCUGAAAGAAAGGGAUCGUAAGAGAGAGUAUGAGCUGCACAAGCUUGAGAGAGAUUUCCAGAAGCAAGCCAACGUGCUGAGGCGCAAAACAGAGGAGGCAGCAGCAGCUAACAAGAGGCUGAAGGAUGCCCUGCAGAAGCAGAAGGAAGCUGCAGACAAACGCAAGGAGAGCCAGAACAGGGGCAUGGAAGGCAUUGCUGCACGAGUCAAAAGUUGGCUGGCAAAUGAAGUCGAGGUUCUAGUCAGCACUGAGGAGGCUCGAAGGCACCUUGCAGACCUGCUGGAGGACAGAAAGAUCUUGGCACAGGAGCUCCUCCAGCUUAAAGAGAAGAAGGAGGCUGGGGAAAACCUUCCCUCAAAGAUCCGGAGAAGAACCUUCUGCUUCACUGAGCUGCGGUCUCCAGACAUGGACCUCUCCAUAUCCAAGCAGAUAGAGAGCCUGGAAACCGAGAUGGAGCUCAGGAGUGCUCAGAUAGCAGACCUGCAGCAGAAGCUCCUGGAUGCAGACGGUGGAGACCGUGCCAAGCAGCGCUGGGACAGCAUUGCCACCAUCCUGGAGGCCAAAUGUGGUCUGAAGUAUCUCCUUGGAGAGCUGGUGUCCUCCAAGGUGCAGGAGAGCAAGCUGCAGAGCAGCCUGGAGCAGAGCAAGGCCACCUGCUCAGAUGUGCAGAAGAUGCUGAUAGAGGAGAGGAACCAUGUGACAGAGCUGCAGGCUCAGUUCCAGAACAAGCACCUAGUGCAGGAGCAGCAGCACCAGGAGAAGGUCCUGUAUCUGCUCAGUCAAUUCAAGCAGAAAGAAGCAGAAGAGAAGAGGUUGGAAGAUUCCCUGAACGAGCAGGAGAAGCAGCUGCAGGAGAGACUCAGGUUCCAGGAAGAAGAGUUGGAGAAAAUGAGGGAGAUUUGUGAGAAGAACCAAGAACUCCUCCAGGAAAAUGACACCUUGAAACAGAAACUGCUGCUGCUCCAAGCUGCCAGUGCACAGAAACUCCAGCACCUGCAGAAAGUGCCACCAGAGUCCCCAGACUCUUCCUUCGAUUAUCUUCCCCCCAAACCCAAGCCGCGCAGACAGACGUCGGCCAAGCCGCGUGCGCCCAGCCCCGACAUGGCCAUGGACGAGCUGUUCUCCGACUCCGAGGACUCCGGUGGGGAGAGGGAGGAUGCAGACUGGGUGCCUGGAAAAGCAGCCAGAGGACCCAAGAGAAGCCCGAUGGGGUGUUGGCUGGGCUACCACUGUGGGAACAGGCAGUGUGGCUGCAGGAAGCAGAAGUUGUGCUGCACCCACAGCUGCAGCUGUGACUCGGCCAAGUGCAGGAACAGAGAUGCUGCCCCUCAGGAUGCCACGACAUGUGAGGACCACAAGAGGGACUUGGAAAGCUCCUUCAAGCUGGAAGAUCCCACAGAGGUGGCAGCAGGAGAGACCUUCUUCCAGCCUGUGUGUAUCACUCCAACCACCAAGGUCCUGCAGGACAUCACGGACCAGGAGGUGCUCCUGAGGAAGUCCAGCACUGCUGUCUCCCCCCUCCAAAGGGAUGAGGAGGCUCAGGAGAACCAACUACCCCUUGUGAAGAGGAAGAAGAGGAUGCUGAGCAGCAACACCAGCUUCUUCUCGGGCUGCACCCCCAUCAAAGAGGAGUUUGAUUGA